CCUCACUCACUUGCGGACAGAGGAACCGCGGGAAUCGAAGGCCCCGUCUUGACCUGAGGACCCACUGCCUUGACCACAGCUGCUCAGCGGGGUUCCUCCCGUCAGCCUGGACUGGUGACCCUGAAUCCCAAGAGCGCGCUCAGGUUUGCUGGCAUGGGAAACCUGCUCAAAGUCCUAACCAGAGAAAUUGAAAACUACCCACAUUUUUUCCUGGAUUUUGAAAAUGCCCAACCCACGGAGGGAGAACGGGAGGUUUGGAACCAGAUCAGCGCUGUCCUCCAGGAUUCCGAGAGCAUCCUUGCAGACCUGCAGGCUUACAAGGGCGCAGGGCCAGAGAUCCGAGAUGCAAUUCAAAAUCCCAACGAUAUUCAGCUUCAAGAAAAAGCUUGGAAUGCGGUGUGUCCUCUGGUCGUGCGGCUAAAGAGAUUUUAUGAGUUUUCCAUAAGGCUAGAAAAAGCCCUUCAGAGUUUAUUAGAAUCUCUCACCUGCCCACCCUACACGCCAACCCAACACCUGGAACGGGAGCAGGCACUGGCAAAGGAGUUUGCAGAAAUUCUGCAUUUUACGCUUCGAUUUGACGAGUUAAAGAUGCGGAACCCGGCCAUUCAGAACGACUUCAGCUACUACCGGAGGACCAUCAGUCGCAACCGCAUCAACAACAUGCACCUAGACAUUGAGAAUGAAGUCAAUAACGAGAUGGCCAAUCGAAUGUCCCUCUUCUAUGCAGAAGCCACACCAAUGCUGAAAACCCUUAGCAAUGCCACAAUGCACUUUGUCUCUGAAAACAAAACCCUGCCAAUAGAGAACACCACAGACUGCCUCAGCACGAUGACGAGUGUGUGCAAAGUCAUGCUGGAGACUCCGGAGUACAGGAGUCGGUUCACAAGUGAAGAAACGCUCAUGUUCUGCAUGAGGGUGAUGGUGGGGGUCAUCAUCCUCUACGACCAUGUCCACCCCGUGGGAGCUUUUUGCAAGACAUCCAAGAUCGAUAUGAAAGGCUGCAUAAAGGUUUUGAAGGAACAGGCCCCAGACAGUGUGGAGGGGCUGCUUAAUGCCCUCAGGUUCACUACAAAGCACUUGAAUGAUGAGUCGACUUCCAAACAGAUUCGAGCAAUGCUCCAGUAGAGCUCAAAGAAGAGGAUCUAUGCGCCGACCUCAGAAGAUGUAUAUGUUUACAUAAUUUAAUACAGAUUGAUGUUAAUACUUGUGUAUUUGCAUAACCGUUUCCUCCUUGUCACUGAAAUAUACGGACCUUAAAUUGUAUCCUGACUGACUCAACCCAGCAGAGCAGAAAUUGACUUGAGAGCCUUACCUUUGAUGUCUAAAACAAAACCCCUUCUCCAAAGGCACUUUGGAGACUGAGUCUUGGGGUCCUUUAACUACACCUGUAACAAUCUGAAAUUUCUAAUAGUU